AUGAGAUUUGGUACUUUGAGCACUGCGCUCUUAGAAGGGCUAUCGUUCGUGUUUGGCAAUGGAGACCAUCCGGACGGUCAUGACGAGGAACUAGCCCGCUACAUGGGACCUAAUGAAGCCGCUAUGGUGGCUCGAAAAAUGGCAGCUUUUGAGCAUACCUUGCAUGCCAACACCAUCGAUCGGGAAUCAGGCACGCCAGUUUCGUUUAUCGAGUAUUUUGUAGGAUCCGACGUUUGCCACGGUGUCGAGACCUCCAGUAAUGGCAGCAUUAUAUUGCUACUUCUCAACAUGAGCUCAACGUCCAAGAACUGGUACAACGAUUCUAAGUUUUCGGUGUCGAUAGAAAAGUCAAACCAUUGGAAACUGCACAAGCCUGCAAUGGCCACGCCACGCGCCAACUACUUUGGGGAGUUGAAGCCUUUAGAGGCCUCUAAGGCUCUAGAACGUUGUUUUCUAAAACGGCAUCCAGAUGCCCGUUGGUGGAUUCCCGGCGGGGACCAUGACCAGGUUCACGAUGGCCAAUGGUUCGAGUUUGAUGUCAGCGAAGUGCGUUUCAUCGGUGGGUUUGGUGAUUCUGCGUAUAUUGGAACUAUCAGCGGUGAAGACUACCAGGGAGCUUUCAACGGUUCGCAUCCCCAUCGUCCACCACAUCAUCCACCCCACAACCCAUUUGGAAAUGAACAUGAAGACAGGGAAGGUAGUGAGAGAGGUGAAAAGGGUGAAAAGGGUGAAAAGGGUGAAACUAGACCUGCUGGACGCAAACUCUUAUCACCACAAGUUUCAGAUCACGAAGAAGUCUAUUUCCAAGUUGAUCGCCACACUAAAGACAAGUCUAUUACUUCCGGUGAUAAGUCCACUGACAAAUCGGGCAAGAUGAGAGACUCAAAGAAGAAGCCCAAUUCAAGAGUGAAAUGUGGCACCAUGAAGGUCGCUCUUGAUUUCUGA